CUUGCUGCGACUGGGAAGAUAACUCUAAUGUUUUCAUGUAGUGACAUUGAGCAGAGGUGUUGUGUAAGGUUCAAGAAAUCGAAAUAGUGUACAUCUUCACAUGUAUAUGCUCAGGAAUUCGAUUGUUAACUUUGAAGAAUUCAGUAACACAUUUUAUCACGAACUGUUAAAGUCUGUCCAUGUCAAUACACGUGACAAAAUGCUACUCUCUUGGUUCUUGUUUUGACAAAGAAUUAUUUAGUUGUCAAAUAUAAAAUCCUCGUUUUGAACAACACUGGAAAGAAAUGUCAGUAUUAAACUUCACACUCCCUCACAAGAGUUCCAAGAUUCUGAAAUGCUGUCAACUGUGCCACAGACAAUUUUCUAAUUCCCCCAAAUUGGCAUCAAAGGUCGCAGCAUCAACAAACUUUGUUCCAAGCAGCCAACCAGCCUCAGAGCAAGAGAUCGACUCUUUACAGCAGUUCAUAGACAGAAGUGAACGCCUCCUUGUUCUAACAGGGGCUGGAAUCUCAACUGAAAGUGGAAUUCCGGACUACCGAUCAGAGGGAGUUGGUCUCUAUGCCACUAGCUCCAACAGGCCUGUACAAUAUAUUGACUUUUUGAAAGACGCCAAGAUCCGUCAGCGUUACUGGGCAAGGAAUUUUGUAGGAUGGCCUCGGUUUUCUUGCUUUCUGCCAAAUGAGUCGCACUUGACUUUAAGUUCUUGGGAGAGGAAGAGGAAGGUGUCAUGGUUGGUAACACAGAAUGUUGACGCGUUGCACUAUAAAGCUGGCAGUAUGCAGUUGACGGAGUUACAUGGGAGUGCACAUAGGGUAGAGUGUCUGUCAUGUCAGAAGGUGUUUCCCAGACAUGAAAUGCAGGAGAUGAUAAUAGACAGAAACCCUAAAUGGCAUGCAGAGUCUUUUGAGAUGGCCCCUGAUGGUGAUGUUUCCUUAUCUGCAGAACAAGUCCAAGGAUUUCAGGUGCCAGCAUGUGACAGCUGUGGGGGUGUUCUUAAACCAGAGAUAAUCUUCUUUGGUGACAAUGUUGCUCGAAACAUUGUGGACUUCGUCUUCAGAAAAGUCUCUGAAAGUGAUGCGGUGCUUGUCAUUGGUUCAUCAUUAGAGGUGUAUUCUGGGUAUCGAUUUGUCAACAAGGCUCACAGCCUGAGAAAACCUGUCGCUAUUGUCAACAUAGGAAGAACAAGGGCAGACAAUCUGGCUCAGCUCAAGAUAUCAGCUAAAAGUGGUGACAUAUUACCUAAAAUACAAGUGUAACACCUCGGGCCAGAGUGAGAAAUAUUCUCAGUAUUUUAAAAUGAAUAUACUUAACAUGCAGAGAACAUUCUCAGGUGAGAGUUAGUAUACACUAACUGAAAAAACACAUAAGCUGGACCAUUACAGUACAGAGAAAUAAUGUGUAUUUGCGAAGUCUUACCAUUUAUUAUAUAAGUAUAUUUGUUAUUUACUUAUGUCUUUUUAUCAUGAAUAUUCCAUUUUGAACUUACAGGGGUAACCACAUAACAGUCAAUUUGUUUCAAUAGUUAAACAGAAAAGUUUAGCAUAGAGCGAAGAGAAACUGUUACUUUAAGCUCUGAUGUUUGUCAUAACCAGACAAAUCAGUGUUAUAUUUGGAUGUUUACUCUCAUGCAGUAUUAUGCCACUGACAUACUUCCUCAAUUGUAUUUUACUUUGUUGCUAAAUAGUAAAUGGUUAUUUUAGUGGAGCAAAAGGACUACAGGAAAUAUGAGUGGAUGUACAGUAAGGAGCCUCUUUUCCUGAUUAGUCACAAAAAUGAUUGUUUGUAAUUUAUUCAUAUUGUCAUUGUAAAUGGUAAAACUGUCAUGAAAAUGUUUCAUGUGAAAGCUGCAGUCCUUGAGAGAGCUAACUGAAGAUUCCUGUUUAGGUCAGUUUGAGAGUAAUCCAAAGUCAAAAGAAAAAGGUUUUAUGAAUAUUCUAGAUUUGAGAGUAGCUCUAAGAGAAUUCUGAUUAUUAUCUACAAUUAGUAGUAUCUUUCAAUUCUGAGAAUGUUACUAAUUACAGCCAGUGGUAUAUUCAUUGUAAUAAAUGAUCAACCUUUAAAAACAUCUUUAUGUUAUACAGGAAGAGUACUUCACGAGCAUCAGUCAAGGGAGAUAACUAUCUGCAACAUUCUUUAUCCCUCUUGUGUAAGCUCACAUUAUGAUGAAAUGUGUUUUUUAUCUGAAUUGUUUGGUGGUACGCUAAUAAUGCAGUUGGGGAAAAGUGCUGAUCCUUACA